GGCAGCUGGGGUGGUCCACACCGCAGAUGUCCGCCUGUGUCUGCUCUGGCAUUGUUGGUUUCACUUUUUAGAUUUAUGCUUUUAGAUUUUAAUGAAAAGCCACAUUUAUGUAGAUGCCUCCGCACUUCCAGAAGUGAAAACCUAUAGACUAGAUGGUCGGGGGACUCAGCGAAGCCAGGGAGAGAUGCAAAUUUUGUGGUCCGGGGCUUGGGGCUGCCCAAUUUAAGCCCCAUAACUCAGACCGCAGCGUUGGAGAAAUUAGUUCAGGCCAGGGAGCUGCUCCUCGUGCUUAUCGAGCGUGGGAAUCAAAGAUUUGAUUUGUGACUAGGCUACAAAAAAUGGGGGAACUGCCUGCUAAAGUCUAGAAGGAUAUUCAAUUUAAACAAGAUCUGGCUAGAUAAAGUG